UCCGUCCUCCAGUGCUGCUUCCCCCCACUGCUCCCCCCAUUUCAACUUCAAAUGGGGGGUUCAAGCGUCCUCCGGUUAACGAGUCUCGAUAGAUUGUGCAUAUAUGUAAACAAACUGAUAGACCGAUAGAGCAACUGAAAGAAUACUAAAUAUUCAAGUAAACGGUAAUGAAAUAAUUUGGAAACAGAAUUAUUGAAUUCCAAGAAAACAUUUUUCUGCUUAAAGAUACUUUCAUUUGAUUGUUGUUAAUGAAUAUGAAUUAUUCUUUCAAUCUGAUACAGACAGGGCUGUAACCAGAAAAAUUACUGUGGCAAUUAGGAGAAUAACAACGAAAGAAGUGACCAGAUACAUUGAAAGAGCAAAUUAUUAGCUUCGGAAGAAUGUAGUACAGAAGAAAUGAAAAAUGUAUAGCAAACAGAAGAUAACAGAUGUAGAAAAAUAGCUGGAUGCACAAAUAUCCUAGACGACAGCUGCUACUGAUACGUAUUUACCUCGUUUAUUUAACAAGAAUCUUUUCAUGGAGGUUUCUGCUGAAGCGAAUGGAAGAAAUCUGGGUCCGCCUUCUACAGAAUUUGGUAUUGAUACAAGUGUCGUAAUUGAAAAUCAUGUGAAUAAGAAACGUUUCGCAUGUGAUAUAUGUGGCAAGACAUUUGCACGUAAAAGUUCUUUAAAUCUACAUUUUCGUAUCCACACAGGCGAAAAACCUUAUUCUUGUGAAGUAUGCAAAAAGAAGUUUUCUCAGAAAUCUCACUUGAAUGAGCAUUCUGGAACUCAUACUAAUGAAAGGCCCUAUUCUUGUGAUAUAUGCGGACAAAAAUUUAAACUAAAAAGUCGUUUAAAUGUUCAUUAUCGAUUUCAUUCUAGUGGGAAAUCUUUUACUUGUGACAAAUGCGAUAAAGCCUUUUUUCAGAAAAGUAGUCUCGAUCUACACUUACGCAUUCACACGGGUGAAAAACCUUAUUCUUGUGAAGUAUGCAAAAAGAAGUUUUCUCAGAAAUCUCACUUGAAUGAGCAUUCUGGAACUCAUACUAAUGAAAGGCCCUAUUCUUGUGAUAUAUGCGGACAAAAAUUUAAACUAAAAAGUCGUUUAAAUGUUCAUUAUCGAUUUCAUUCUAGUGGGAAAUCUUUUACUUGUGACAAAUGCGAUAAAGCCUUUUUUCAGAAAAGUAGUCUCGAUCUACACUUACGCAUUCACACGGGUGAAAAACCUUUUUCUUGUGAAAUAUGUCAUAAGAAAUUUUCACAAAAAUGUCAUUUAAAUGAACAUCUUCGUACUCACACUGGUGAAAAACCGUAUUCUUGCGAGGUGUGCUAUAAGGAGUUUUCUCAGAAAUCUAAUUUUAAUGAACAUAUUCGUACCCACUCAGGGGAAAAAUCUUAUUAUUGUAACCUUUGUCGUGAGGCAUUUGAUCAAAAAUUUCAUUUAGAUGAACAUAUUCUUACUCACACAGGUGAGGCACGCUACUCUUGCCAAAUAUGCAAUAAGGAGUUUUCUGAGAAGUGUCAUUUAAAUGAACAUUGUAAAACUCAUUCUGAUGAAAAGCGCUAUUUUUGCGAUGUAUGUGGGAAAGGAUUUAAUGUGAAAAGUCUUUUAAAUUACCAUUAUAGAAUACAUUCUGGGAAAAAAUCCUUUUCUUGUGAAAUUUGUGGUAAGGUAUUUUAUCAAAAAAGUAAUCUCAAACUACAUUUUCGUACUCACACUGGUGAAAAGCCAUUUUCUUGUGAUGUCUGCAAAAAAGCGUUUUCUCACAAACAUAAUUUAAAUGACCAUUGUAAAACUCAUUCUGAUGAAAAAAGCUGUUCUUGUGACAUAUGCGGUAAAAAAUUUAAACUAAAAAGUUAUCUGAAUCGUCAUUAUCUAGUUCAUUUUAGUGAAAAUUCCUUUUCUUGUGAUGUUUGCGGUAAGGCGUUUUUUCAAAAAAGUAGUCUCGAUUUGCAUUUGUUUGCUCACGCAGGUGAAAAAUAUUUUUCUUGUGGUAGAUGCAAUAAGAAGUAUUCGCAGGAAAGCCAUUUAAUGGAUCAUUACCUUACUCAUUCUGAUGAAAAACGCUAUUGUUGUGACGUAUGCGGGAAACAUUUUGAACUGGAAUUAUAUUUAAAUUGUCAUUGCCAAAUUCAUUCAAAUCAAAAAUCAUUUUCUUGUUAUGUGUGUGAUAAAGUAUUUUAUCAGAAAAAUCGUUUCAGACAACAUUUUCGUACUCACACAGGUGAAAAACCUUAUUCUUGCGAGAUAUGCGAUAAGAAGUAUUCUCAGAAAUCUCAUUUAAACGAGCAUUAUCGAACUCAUACAAAUGAAAGGCCCUAUUCUUGUGAUAUAUGUAAUAAAGAAUUUUCUCAUAAAUGCAAUUUAAAGAGACAUUAUCAAACCCAUACAAUUAAAAAAUCAUAUUACUAUGAUGUAUGCAGUAAGGAAUUUUCUUUUGAAAAUGAUUUAAGUAAACAAUUUAGUACUCAUGCGAAUGAUGAUCGUCAAGAAUUUUCUCAAAAAAAUAGUUGAAAUCAGCAUUUUUUUUUUUUUUUUUUUUUUUUUUUACUCGCAUAAAAUUCUUUUGCGUGCAAUACUUGUGGAAACACAUUUUCUGUGCAAGGAGGGGCUUCAAUAAGCAUCAGGGGAAAACGCUCUUAUGAUACAAAUGAGGUCAUUCGAUUAGACUUCUGAUAUUACUAUGUAUACGUUAGAGAAUUUUCUUGUGAAAAUCAUUUAAUGGAAGACCGUCUAUUUGUAGGAAUGAUGGAGUAAAACUGUAUUAAUAUUUAAAAAUGCAUUUUCUAAAUGUCAAUACAGAAUUAUUAUAUUAAAGUUGCAUUAUUUUAAUAAGUGGUAAUUUUUUUGCUGGUAAUACAAUUAGAAUUGCAUUACCUUGUGCAUUAUUUGAUUUACUUUGCAGUAAAUUUAUAUAAAAAGAAGAAGAAACUGAUCAGAUUUCGUGAAUUUAAGAUUGAAAGACUUAUUCUAUCGGUUGAAGAUAUUUUAAAAAGAAAAACUGCAAUGCGGUUGUUUUCCAUUCCAUAGAAGUUACCUUCGACAAUGUUCAUGAAAUUGUAGGAAUGAUGAAUUGCUCAUUUAUUUUAAUCUCUUAUUACGCCAAGAAUCACCUUACACACGGCUGAAGGUCAUUUUUAAUCUCUUGGAAUGAGCGAAUAAAUAUUUUUUGUAAAUAACCGAGAGCAUUCAUUAUACAAUGCCUUUCAGUACUUAUGCAAUUCAUGCAAUGGCUUGGUUAUUAUGAAGGGCCAUAUUUUACUGACGAGACUUCUCUGAAUUGCCAAAAGUUUCCAAUUCUAGUACAUUUAUAUUGUAACACCCAUUCCAUUGAAACUCUAUUCAUUUCAGUGAGAUGCUAAAACUAUUAUUAUGCAAAUUAGAAUGGUGAUGCUGUCGAGAUCUUUAUCGUCGUCAUUCUAAAUAUGUUUUGUAUAUAUGUAUUAGCGUACCUAUAUAUGAAAAUGCUUAUUAUUUGCUACGAUUGUGGAUAACAGGUUUAUAAAUAUUAGAUAAAACCAGUGUUGUGCUCGAACCUGCUAUCACUGUCACAUAUAAACAAAAUUAGUUGUAAAAGUACAGCAAACUAAGUGUACAAUGAAUAAAAAAAGAUGUUUUUAUUUGUGAAUAUUUGAUAUGAAGUUAUUUAGAAUUUUAUGGAUUUUUAGAUGAAGAUAUUUAGAAUUUCGACAUUACCUUGCAAAACUUGCAUUUCAUUAAAAUAUAAUAUUCUGCUUUUCUUCAAAAUGCUUUUGAUUUUACUUUCAGUUUUAUGUGAACUUUUAUAUUUCCAUUACACUGUGAAUAAUUAAUGAGCUCACAGUAAGUAAUGUACUCACUCAUAUUCUUUGCAAUAUACAAAAACCUUUUAGAAUCUUUGCAUUGUAGAUUUUAGUGUGCCCUCCUUAAAUGGAUUUCUAAGAAUACGGCUUGAUUGAAACAGCACGUCCCGCCAAACAGAAGGGUUCAAUCCCUGAUUCAAAAGUCAUUGAUAUUGGAUUUUAUUUUCUCGCAUUUCGGACCUAAGACAAUGAAAGGAAAAAAUUUCUAUACUAUUUUCCUUUUUAGCCAAUCAACAGAUGUCAGUGUAUAAUAUUUUUUAACUUUUAUGAUGAUAAUUUUGUAAAUUUUAUCCAUGUGAAAGUAUGCGAUUAAAUAGUAUCAUUUACUGAAGUAUAUUUUUUUUUUGUAUUGUACGUAUAAAAGUUGUUGUCAAAUUUAAUGUAAAUCUGUACAGAACAGUAGAAAAUAAAGUAAAAUAAAAUAUUGUCCAUAGUGAAUAAUAGUUUUUUGCCAUAUUUUUUUUAGUUAAAUUUUAUUUAUUUGUUUGAAAUAAGCACAUUACAGAGUGCAUUAAUCAAAAGCAUACAAACCACAAAGCAAAUUAAAACAUACACAAAAAAAGAAUACAGAAUUACAAAGUUCUGAGUCAUAUAUAAAUAAAAGUACAAACAUCUAGCAUUAAGUAAAACACAGUACCAACACAAAAGCAUGAGUGCACACAAAUAUCAGAAUAUAUAUAGUUAAAGAUAAUGUGUAAUCAAGAAUUGGAAAAAAAAAAUAAUGGCAGUAAAAAAGAAGUAAGAUCAAGUAGACGAAAGUUGAGGACAAUGGUUUUAAAAACGCUAGGAGUCAUAUGUGAUGAAUGUCAAGUUCCCCAGAGAUCCUUUUAAAAGUCUUAUAAAAUUUAUACAAAGUCAACCUUUUGAUAUAGUUAAAUUUAGAAUAAAUAUUUGAAAAAGUACUUUGUUUUCUUAAAUAUCUUACAGGCACAGCAAAGUUAAUAAAACUCGGGAUAUUAAUAGUAAUCGAUCAAAAUAUUGACAACCUUAUAAAAGAAAAGAACACAAGAAAU